CCCCACUAACCUCACCUCAACGGAAACGACGCAUGAGCAACUCUGCCCCAUCCGAAAGCCCAUAUCAAGCCACGUUGUACUCUCUUUUAAUCUAGGUCUCUCCCAAGCUUCACGCUAAAAUUCUCUGCUAUGAAAAGACUCCGCCUCGAGAACCGGGAAGACGUACAAACUUGGAGGGACCGACUUAUCGGAAAGCGCAUUGUGUCGUCAGACCCCUUGAUUGCGGAGCAUGAAUUCUGGCACACCAAAGACUCCAGGGCUUGGGAGCCACGCAUCUAUCACUCAACGCCGGCUGGUGAAGGUUUUGAGAAGAACAUCAGUUUCGAUGUUCAGCCCGAUUCUCCAUUGCUGACAUUGCCUGCGGAAAUUCGCAACCGCAUUAUGGAGUUCGUUUUACCGCCUCACAUCCUCGAGCCGGACAUAGAUGCAUUUGGAAAGUAUCAGCCCGAGGGUGCCGAAGCCACGUGGAUGAACACAUCAGCAAUCAUCUUUACAUGCAAACAGAUGUAUGCAGAGGGGAGAAGAUUGGCUGUGGAAAAGAACACCUUCGCGUAUGAAAAGUUUGUGAGAAAGACGAGGCUUUGUGCGACGAGAAAGAUCGAGAUUAAGUAUAUCUGGGAUCUGUAAAUGUCUUCCGCAACCCCCAAGACAACACAAAACUCAUCCCAU